CCAUAGUUCAGCUCAGCUGCUGCCCCACCACACCUUGAGUCCCUCUACCGAGAACACACAUAUUCUCUUGCAGAAAAAAACCUACAGUUUCCUAGUAGUGUUUGAAUAUGUCGUUCGGCGGUUCUCAGAUUCCUGUUAUCGUUCUGAAAGAGGGAACGGACGAUUCACAAGGUCGUGGUCAAUUAUUGUCGAAUAUCAAUGCAUGCGUUGCCGUGCAGGAGACGAUUCGGACUACACUCGGUCCUUUGGGAGCGGAUAAGCUUCUUGUUGAUGAAAAAGGUGAAAUGGUGAUUUCAAACGAUGGUGCCACGAUUAUGAAGCUAUUGGAUAUUGUCCAUCCUGCAGCGAAAACAUUAGUUGAUAUUGCCAGGGCGCAGGAUGCCGAAAUCGGAGAUGGAACGACAUCUGUUGUUGUUCUUGCUGGCGAAUUGCUUCGGGAGGCACGUGCGUUUGUUGAAGAGGGCGUUAGCUCUCACCUAAUCAUCAAAGGCUAUUGGCGUGCCGCACAACUUGCUGUCAAUAAAAUCAAAGAAAUUGCAGUUCGCAUCGAUCGUGAAGACGAGACGCGUUUUCGUGAUCUGUUGAAGAAGUGCGCAAGCACCGCCAUGAAUUCCAAAUUGAUCCGCUCCAAUUCAGCCUUUUUUACGAACAUGGUUGUGGAUGCUGUACUCACGUUAGAUCAAAAUGAUUUAAACGAGAAUAUGAUUGGCAUAAAAAAGGUACCGGGUGGGGCCAUGGAAGAAACGGAACUCGUUGACGGUGUCGCAUUCAAAAAGACAUUCUCUUACGCCGGUUUCGAACAACAACCCAAAUUUUUUACAAAGCCUAAAAUUUUGUGUCUUAAUGUCGAACUUGAACUGAAGGCUGAGAAGGACAACGCUGAGGUUCGUGUUGAGCGAGUCGAUGAGUAUCAAAACAUCGUUGAUGCAGAAUGGCGCAUUAUUUUCUCAAAGUUAGAGUCAAUUGUUGCGUCCGGUGCUCAGGUUGUUUUGUCAAAGCUUCCUAUCGGCGAUCUUGCUACCCAAUACUUUGCUGACAGAAACAUAUUUUGUGCGGGUCGCGUUGCUUCUGAUGAUUUGGAUCGAGUCGUUCAGGCUGUCGGUGGAAGUAUACUAUCCACAUGUUCCAAUAUCCAGCCCUCUCAAUUGGGUGAAUGCAACAAAUUUGAAGAACGUCAGAUUGGUGGUGAACGAUUUAAUGUCUUCAAAGGUUGUCCAAAGGCAAAGACAUGUACUUUGAUUUUACGCGGAGGUGCCGAACAAUUUAUUGCCGAGAUUGAGAGGUCCUUACACGAUGCUAUUAUGAUCGUGAAACGUGCUAUCACCAAUAAUCAGAUUGUUGCUGGUGGAGGUGCUUGUGAAAUGGAACUUUCAAGGUGCUUACGCGAGUACUCACUUUCAAUUACUGGAAAGCAACAGAACUUCAUUGCUGCAUUCGCCCGUGCGCUCGAAAUUAUACCUCGCCAACUUUGUGACAAUGCUGGUUUCGAUUCGACUGAUUUGCUCAACAAGUUGCGUAUGCAACAUGCCAAGGGAACAACAUGGGCUGGCAUUGAUAUGCAGAAUGAAUGUAUAUCUGACAACAUGAAGCUCUUUGUCUGGGAGCCCAGUACAAUAAAGGAGAAUGCCAUUAUGUCGGCAACGGAAGCCGCAACGUUAAUUCUUUCCGUCGAUGAGACUAUAAAAAAUGAACCUUCUGCUCAACCGCAAGCACCCGGGGCAUUGCCUCCUGGUGCAGCAAAUAGAGUUCUUCGUGGAAGAGGUCGUGGAAUGGCGCGCUAAUCUAUUUUACGAAACCGUAGUUUGUUUAGUUAGUCCAGAUAUCAAAUAAAUACUACGUUAUUCUAAUGGCGAGUGACAUGUUCAACUUUGCGUUAUUGGUCCG